GCAAUUUUUUUACAAAAAAGAAGAUUAACAGAUUCGAUGUGUUUGACGUGGAAAGUGAGUAAAAUGAACGAGAGGACCAGCGAAUAAACAUGGCAAUAAUUUGCUCAGCUAAUCAGAUCUGCAAGAAAUCUGGUUAAGGAGUUGAACGCUACAAUGACAUGAUAUAAUAUGACUUUGGAAAAUAUCUCCUGACAAGAUGGAGCGAGUUUACGUCCUUCUUCUAGUACUUCUAGCGGCGAUAUCCGGCCGUUGUGCUCACAGGCACGGCCAUGACAUAUCGACAGAGUUUCCGGAAGUGAGCGAUGGCCACCAUGACAACAACACCCACCACGGAAAGGACGGUCGCGCGGGGUGGUCGCAAUGGAGCGAAUGGUCGCUGUGCUCCCGGACGUGUGACGGUGGCGUGUCGCGCCAGUUGAGGACCUGCUCCUCACCAGCUGGCUGCCGCGGGGAACCAGUCCGGUACAAGAUAUGUAACAUGCAGCCAUGCCGCGGCAACAUCUCCCUUCUAGAAGACGACAUCUGGAGGGAGCAGCAAUGUAGCGCUCAUGACGACACGCCGUACGGUGGAGAGUUGUUCCACUGGCGAGCUCACAGGGAUGACGACGAACCUUGCGCGCUCACCUGUCGAGGGACCCCACAGCAUUCGGGACAAACUCCAGAAGCCACUGCUUCCUUGGACGAAGACGAGCGAGUAGUUGUGGCAGUCCUCGCGGCGCGGGUUUCUGACGGCACGCGCUGCCGACCCAGCAGCCUAGACAUGUGUAUUGAUGGACGGUGUCAGAGAGUCGGCUGCGACCUGCGAGUUGGCUCGACUCGCCGCGUGGACGAGUGUGGGGUCUGCGGAGGUGAUGGAUCUUCUUGUUCACGGCCGCGGUACCACUGGCUCGCAACACCUGGAUCGCUGUGCUCCGCUACUUGUGGUGGGGGUUACAAGAUGUCCCUUGCAGUGUGCCGGGAUCGCCUCACGGGGUUGGAUGCGCCAGAAGAACUUUGCGACGGUUCGAGUAAACCUGCCUCUGCGGUUGUACGAUGUAACAUACACCCGUGUCCCUAUAAAUGGUACGUGGGCGAGUGGUCGACGUGCAGUGUGACGUGUGGCGGUGGGGUGCGCACGCGCCGGGUACUGUGUGCGCGCUCGGCGAACAUCACCCAAACUGACACUUACGACCCUGAAACCAGUUCAGAGCCUGGCUGCCUGUCGCCAGCCCCACGGUCGACUCAGCCGUGCAACGAACACGACUGCCCUACUUGGAUAGCUGGACCCUGGUCUGGGUGCUCUGUAUCCUGCGGCGAAGGAGUCCAGGUACGGGGUGUGGAAUGUACCCCCGCAGGUGGGGGGUGCGACCCUGCGUCGAGGCCCGAGAUAUCCAGACCUUGCUCUACUGGCAUCAGCUGCCCCGUUUUUAGAGAAGCUGAAGAACCUGAGGAUGACAUCGAAGAACUGCUCCCAGGAGUUGUCUACCACACUCAGCCUCUAAUACAGCCUUAUCCGCCGCCUCAAGCUAAAGCAGAGCAGCUAAUUGGCGACCCAGACGUUCCUGUUGAAGCCACCAAUUACAAAAUAUUCUUUGCGUGUGGCUGGUUGUAUGUAAGCUACAUCAAAGACGACGAGUGGGGCCCAUGCAGUGUCACAUGUGGAGAAGGGUGGAGGAAGAAAGAAGUUAAUUGCAAGAUAUUUCUAGAAUUCAGCCGUACCAUUGCAAAACUACCGGAUAGCAAAUGUAUGGGACCCAAGCCUACCGAAGAAACUGAACGAUGUGUUAUGGAACCAUGUUCUAUGGCUUAUGGUACUUCUUUUGGAGAUUCUAGUGCACCGGCUUAUAAUGGUGGCGAUAGCAGAUCUCUGAUCUUCGGCACGUCCAGUAACAUCAGGGUAGCACCUGGAUCACCCGGCAAGUCAUAUUCUUGGAAGGAAAAGGGUUAUACCAGCUGUAGCGCUUCCUGCUUGAGUGGAGUUCAGGAACUAAUUAUACAAUGUGUAAGAGAUGAAGAUGGCAAAAACGCGUCACCAUACAUGUGCGAUCCCCUGACUAAGCCGGAGAACCGAGUGAGAACUUGCAAUGAUCACCCUUGUCCGCCACGCUGGAACCACACGGAGUUUUCCCAGUGCACCAAGUCGUGUGGAAUCGGCAUACAGACGAGGGAGGUCACGUGUAUACAUGAGGUGACACGUGGAGGAACCAACACUGUGGUCGUACCAAACAGUAUGUGCCCCCAACCACCGCCGCCAGAUAGACAGUACUGCAACGUACUGGACUGUCCAGUGAGGUGGCAUGCAGGAGAAUGGUCAAAGUGCUCUAAGACAUGCGGAGGGGGGAUGAAACAGCGCGACGUGGUGUGCAAGCAAAUAAUGGCGCAGUCGCACGUGGUGGAGCGACCGCCCUCACAGUGCAACUCCCCGCGACCGACGAACACCAAGUCCUGCAACAGUCGCCCGUGCUUGCUGGACACGUCCGCGCCGGAGAUCUCACUGGCCAACUCUUCGUACAUACAGCACGACCCCAAGAAGAAAAAGGUAACAGUAAAGGUGGGAGGUUCGGCCACGAUAUUCUACGGAACACAAGUGAAGAUCAAAUGUCCCGUAAAGGGAUACAACAGGACGAAGAUCCAGUGGGCGAAGGAUCACCAGAUAAUCAGCAAGUCAAAGAAAUACAAGAUCUCCAAAAAGGGUGCUCUACGCAUCACGUCCUUGUCACUCCGGGACCACGGAGUGUACACAUGCGUUGCAGGAAGAUCCAGUGCUAACUUGACGCUGGUCGUGAAACCGAGGCCAGGAGAGUUUCCUUCUAGCGAGGAGAUUGAGAGGCACAAGGCUUUGGAUGAACCGUCCUCCCCUUUAGCAGACAGAGCGGACGGGCGUUACCGCGCCAUGAUUGGUGGACGGUCGGACGAUCAAUCGCACGAGCAACGGCCACCCGACCAGAAGAAGAACUAUAAAAGUCGUCAGAAAGGCAAAGUCGACAAAGUCCGGGACGCGCUGUACGGAAAUCCGACCACUAGCACCAAAGCAUCUCCCAGUUACAACUCACAAGCAAGGGAUAUUUACGACGAGAACGAGAAGACUGCAGUGUCAUCUCAGAUGCUUCCGCCAAAACGGAACGGUGCCUCUAGGCUUUUACCGUGCCUACAUUACCUAGUAAUGCAACUACAGAUGUUUUGGAAUUUCCAGCGCAUUGGGAAUUCAAGAGGUCAAAGAAUGGUUGAUCCAGUGAUUAUGUACCAAAACUACGGGAACCCGAUCCAAGCACAAAUUGUAAACCUUGAAGAUAAACAGAUAGUGUUUCCAGAAGACGAUGACUCUGAUAUCAUUAUCGUUAAUGAAGAUUUUAAUAGAAAUACUAUUGAAGAAGAUAGAAUGGAGAGUCUUAAAGAAGGGAUUGGAGAUUUGGUUGAUUUAACAACCGAGUCUACAGAUAACUGGAUACCACCAUCAGAUGUAAAUGAUUACGUAUGGAUGACCACAGAAUGGUCAACGUGUAGUGGCCAAUGUGGUCAGUCCGGUCACCAAAUUAGAGGUGCAGUUUGUCAACAUAAAAUAUCAAACCAAACAAAGAUAGUUGAGACCGAUGAUUGUACAUCGAGGGGACUCACAGCGCCCACUGUUUUGCGCGACUGUGCGAGCAACGGUUGCGCAACUUGGAGGACUUCGGCCUGGUCACUGCCGCGAUGUUCGCCGAGUGGAAUUGCUAUAGUCCGUCGGCGCGUGGAGUGCGUGGCUGAAAACGGGACGGUGGUGCCCGAUGCGUCAUGCGUGUACAGCAGACACCCUGACAAGACCAAGAGAGAGUCACAGACCUGCAAGCCAGUGUGGGCUGUUGGACCUUGGAGUAAGUGCAAAGGUCCCUGCGGCCAAGGCAGGCAACACCGCGUGUUGCGCUGCGUAUGGCGCGCAGGUCGCCGCGCGACGCGACGGCGCGAGCGUCCGGCCGCCGCGUGUUCGCACGCGCGACCUAACGUCGUAAGGGACUGCCGACAGACGACUUGCAUUAAAAAUGGAGUCUGCAGGGACAUGUCGCGGUAUUGUGAAAACGUUCGCGCGAUGAACAUGUGCGCCUUACGACGUUACAAGGAGCAGUGUUGCAAGACCUGCGAGGAUUAAGCUGAUCAAUUAAAUUAAUUAAAUUAAAUGGGACAAUUUAUUGGAAUCGUUGGAGAGGCUCUAGGUGUGAAUAACGGAUUCAAAGGUGCAUUGUGUCAAGAUGCAUCAGUAACCUUUUUAUGUGUAUCAAAACACUGUUAAAUCAGAGCAAAACAGACCUAAUGUUCUUCGCUUUAGAGCCGUAUAUUCUGAACAGGUGAUUUUAUUGUUUCAAUCUGCUGUAAGAGUAUUGAAUUUAAGCGUUAAGACAUGGUGAUUAAGGUCCAUUUUGCUCUAACACUUUAUAUGAAGACUGUUUCACAACAAACAGUGUAAACAUAUUCAUAUAAAAUGUAUAGCAACGACUGAUCGUGAACACUUUAAUGUCACCCGGCUUAUAUGAAUAGUUUUUUUUUUUUUAUAACUGACU